AUGUUAGCUACAGGGGACUUCGGGCCUGCGCCCUUGGGGGUCAACCUUGCAGAUAAUCAAAACUCGGAGAUGCUGGGGGCCGUCAUCACACUGAUGAUCGUGGGAACACUAGCUGUCAUUCUCCGUAUAUAUACCCGCACCAGUGCCUCACAGGCUCAUUUUGGAAUUGAUGACUACUUGAUAUUUGCUGCACUGAUCUUUGCCUAUGGAACUGGCAUAUGUGUUUUGAUCAGCACGAAAUAUAAGAACGGAUGGCAUAUUCAAGCCCUCACAGACCAUGAGUUUAUCGUUGUUUGGAGAUUACUCUUCGCCCAUGUCAUGAUCUACGCCACGACAGUCAGCUGCACUAAAGCGUCGAUUAUCAUGUUCUACCAUCGGAUCUUCAACCUGCAAUACUCUCUGUGGAUCACUCUCUCUAUUAUCGCCGGCUACUUCGUCUCCGUUGUCAUUACUAUGGUAGCGGCGUGUCGCCCAAUCGCGUAUUUUUGGCUGCAGCAUACGAAUUCCGCCGCAGAGGGCAGCUGUAUUAACGUCCCGGAGUUUUUCCUGAUCAACGGCGUCAUCGCCGUCUUGAUUGAUCUAAUGAUCCUUUGCGUGCCGGUGCCGAUUAUCUGGAAUCUGCAGAUGCCGCGGAGCCAAAGAGCAGCGGUGAUUGGGAUCUUGUUCCUGGGUGGAUUUGUCUGCGUCGCAGGUAUCGUGCGAGUUGUCGUGUUGAACGAGAACACAAAAUCGGACGAUCCGUCAUGGAGCAUCGCACCCGUCUUCGUCUGGUCUUGCGUCGAACCGUUUAUUGGAAUUGUCUGUGCUUGCCUGCCGACAUUCUCACCAAUUUUCCGUCGCUGGUGGGCAACCCUGGUGCCUCGCAAGAAACUUUCCAGAAAGAAAGAGUAUUACGGUCCCGAGGGGUCCGGCCUCUGGCGCAUCAAGCGCGAGAAAGGCAAAUCGCCGCCGGAUGACAGUGCGUUAUCGCAGGAUGAAGUCGAGCUGACGCAUUUCCCCGGCUGGCCGGCAGGAACUCUGCACACGAGAGAGAGCAGGGACCAGAUGGUGUCACCGCAUGCGCGGAUCCAGAUCAAGGAAGAAGUGACUAUUACUUGGGCGUGA